AUCAUCGAAAUCGACGGGGAACACCCCAAACUAAAUAAUUACCAAAAUAACUUACAAAGGUCUUAAACUCUUUUAAUUUUUUUAAAGGAUUUUCUAGGAUGUUGAAAUUUGAAAUUUAGUAUCUUUCCCUUUCCUACAAUUAUUCCAAAUUUCGUUGCUUUAUGUCAGUUGAGCCAUACCGUACUACAAUUCUAAUUUUUAUUACGUAAGUGAAACUCGUUUCUGUAUGUACGAAACAAGGUGCGAAACUACUACGAUUGACUGAAAUUAGUGGAACUUUUGUCGAGGGGAGUACGUGAAACCCGAGAAAAUUGCUGGUUCUGCUUGUGUCGUUUUACAGAUACGCCCCCAUGCUUGUGGCAGUCUAAAAAAAAACACGCUGAUGUAUAUAGAAUUUAAUGUAGUGGUAGUGGAUUAUUUCGGAAACUAAGACCGAGCGGAAGUUACGUGUAUAGGAAAAAAUUGCUUAAAAUCACGUCCUUUGCAACAUAUCCAAAAAUCAUUGAAAUUGGCGAGGAAAACGCUACACUAAAUAAUUACCGAAAAAGUUGUUCAAAAUGUGCAUUUCUAGAAUUAUCAAUUAUAUGAAAAUUAGGGUUAUAGCGAGAAUUCUGUAAUAUUAUCAACAAAACGUAUUCUUAAUUUAUGGGGGAAGACUACUCCGAUAGAUAAAAAAAGUUGAUUUUUUGGUUUUAAUUUUCUUGCAGUAUCAAGUAGUAUGUAGAACAUUUUGGUAAAAGGAUUUUUCAAAAUUUAAAUAUCUAGAGAAGUUACAGCAAUCUAUAUGAACGAGCGACGACUAAAGAGCCCUGCAACAAAAUCUGAUAAAAAUCGGAAAAAGAUUCAAAAAUUAUUAUAAAAAAAAAUACAAAAUAGCUACAGAUAAUUUUCUUGAGCCACAAGAGCUGUUAAUACUUCGAAUUUUUCGCGAUUUUUUCGAAACCAUGUUUUUCGUACCGACGGAUGUGAGAUUUUCGAAACUUUAGGUCCGACUGUCUUCCAGUUUGCAGAAACUAUUCUAUAUACAAUACUUUACAACGCAGGAUAUGCUAUUUUCUAUAUGAUAUCUAUUCAAUUUUUUAUAAACAUUUUGAAAUAAACAUAUGUUUUGACACUUAUAAGUCUUGCUAUUUCUAUUUAUAAAUUCAUACAAAUUUUUGUCGUCGGAUGUUUCAGUUGUUUGUUCUCAUGUCCAUCAAUAGAUGUAUUUUGAAACGAGAUCUCGAAGCUAGCAAAUAAUUCCGCCAUUUUGUAACAUUUUAGUUAAAAAAAAUAUAUAAAUAUAAAGCUGAAGAUCACAUUUGUAUCUAGAAAAUAUUAGAUUUUUUCUUUUAAUAGUUAUCAACAAAAAAAUUCCCAAAGUUUACCUAUUUUUACACAUCUCAGGCUGAUCUAUGCCCUUAACUCAUUAUCGUUAAUUGAUAUUUCCAUUAUUGAACACAUUACUCAUUUAACUUAAUUUUCCUUGCAAAUGAGAUCUCUAAAUAUUCAAUUCCAACGCUGUUCAAUCGAUUCGGAAUUGGCAUGCUGGUUACUUUAAUUGAAAACUUGUUAGAAUCUAAGAGCCAUGUUCUUCAUUUUGCUCCUCCAAAUCACCCUUGCAGUUGGCAGAAAUGGAUUUUAUAAAGACUACGAAUGUGAGAAAAGUGAUGAGAAUCUGAAAUUGCUUGUUAAGAAGAUUGUUGGCGAAAUUAUCGAGCAAGAGAAUUGUAUUGUAUUUGUUACUGAUUCUGUCUAUCGGACAUUUGCGGAUAUCGUGCACGUUCAGAGUUCACCAACUUCAAAAUAUGAGAUUGCGUUACGUGAUAAGGAACAGUUUUCCCGACCAAGGAAACAAAUUCAAAGGAUGUUAGUCGAUAGUAAGGCAAUUGGUUGCAAUGUAUACGUAAUCCUGAUCGCUAACGGUCUUUUAACAUCUAAAUUUCUACAAUAUGCAGAAAAUGAACGUCUAAUCAACACUCGGGGACUAUUUUUGCUUUUAUAUGAUCAUCGUUUAUUUCAACCAAACUUACACUACCUUUGGAAUAGAAUAAUCAAUGUACUUUUCAUACGUCAAUACAAUGCAUACAGACACCGGUCUGGAGAAAAAGUAUUCAAGAAAAGAAUUGAUCUCUACUCUGUUUACUUUCCUUCUCAAGGCAAAAGAAUUACUUUUACUAAAUAUAUAGAUACUUGGUAUCAUAAUAAAUUGCGUUAUAGCAUAAAUCAUUUCAUAAAAAAGACUUCGAAUCUACGAAAGAAACAUCUAAGAGUUGCUGUUUUCGAACAUAUUCCAUCAGUAACAGAAAAAUCAAGAGCUUAUUACAACAAGACAUCAAAUAAUAAUUCAGAGGCUUUGGGAAUAGAAUUUGAAUUAAUACAGAUUAUAUCGAAAGCUAUGAAUUUCAAACCAAAGUAUUAUAUGCCAAAGAAUAUAGCAUUUGAGAGGUGGGGAACAAGAGGAGGUAAUCAAACAUACACAGGUCUUACAAAUGAAGCCAUGCAAGGAAAAGCUGCAUUUUAUUUGGGUGAUUUACAUUAUACAUUGCAUCAUUUAAAAUAUUUUGAUUUAACUAUUCCAUAUAAUACAGAGUGCCUCACUUUUCUAACGCCAGAAUCUUUGACAGAAAAUUCAUGGAUGCUUUUAAUACUUCCAUUUAAGCUUUACACUUGGAUUGCAUUACUUUUUACUUUAGUCUUGGGAGGUAUUGCAUUUCAUUUCUUAUCAUUGUCCUACAAGAAAUAUAUAAGUUUGUACAAGAAUAAAAUGCAUAUUCAGACUACAUUUAUGGAGAAGGAAAUAAAGAGUUUGUAUUUGUUUACUGAAAUACAAAACAGUAUAUUAUAUACAUAUGGCAUGUUGCUUCAAGUUUCAUUACCUAACUUGCCAAAUCCAUGGGCUGUGCGAGUAUUUAUUGGAUGGUGGUGGGUUUAUAGCAUACUAGUUGCAGUUGCUUAUCGAGGUAGCAUGACUGCAACUCUUGCAAAUCCAGUUGCCAGAGUUACUAUUGAUACAUUAGGACAAUUGGCUAAAAGUUCUAUACAAGCUGGUGGGUGGAAUAAAGAAGAUAAAGAUUUUUUUUUAAUAUCAUCAGACUUUAAUAGUCAAAAGAUUGGUAAGAAAUUUCAAUUAAUUGUAAAUGAAAAAGAAGCUAUUGAAAAGGUAGCAAACGGAUCUUUCUGUUACUAUGAAAAUUAUUACUUUCUUCGCAAUGCACGCGUCAAAAAACAAAUACAUGAAAAACAACAAAGAGAUAAUGGAACCACAAGAAAUGAGUUAUUAAAGCAUAAUUUGCAUAUUAUGGAAGAAUGUGUUGUAAAUAUGCCCAUAGCACUUGGUAUGGAGAAGAAUUCACCAUUAAAACCACAUGUUGAUGCUUUGAUAAGACGUAUAAUAGAAAUAGGAUUAGUCGAAAAGUGGUUGAGCGAUGUUAUGGAAUGGUCGAAAAUUAUGGAGAUACGACAAGAAACUGAAUCUGAAAAGGCAUUGGUUAAUCUUCACAAAUUACAAGGUGCUUUUAUUGCUAUUGUGACUGGUUAUUUGUUAGCUUUCAUGAUAUUAGUAGGAGAAAUUUUACAUUGGAGAUAUAUCGUGUUGAAGGAUCCAAAAUUUGACAAGUACCACUUAGAUACUUUUUAUAAUAUAUCUAAUAUUACUAAAAUAUAAGUUAACGAUUUUAUUAUGUAAAUUAUUGCAUUAAAAUGUAAAAGAAAGAAGUAAUAACUUAUUAUUUACCGCGCAUCUGUUACAUGUACGUACCUCUGUAACACAUGCAUGUUUAAAUGACGUUUGGUUACAGGUUGUAAAUAUAAUGUGUGUAUCCAGUAGUUAAUAUAAUAUAGUUAAUACAUUACGAAUAUGUAUAUAAGUAUGUAAGAAUUAAUAAAUUGUAUAGAAUAUAAUAAAAAAA